AUGUUAGCCUCGCACGAUGCGUCAGCUCUCAAUGACAUCCUCGGAACGAUCGAUGUAUAUAUGACGAAAAGGCAAAAAGCACAUGUUCCUCUGCUCCGCGUUUGGGAGUCAGACGAUCCGCAUCCUCAAGAAGACUAUCUGGACUGUCUCUGGGCUCAAAUCAAGAAUUUACGGAGUGCUGGAUGGCAAGAAAAGGUCACUUGGAGAUUGUAUGACUCAUUCCCCGGACUUAAAGAGGCCGGACAACCUCAUCACUUACCUCCGAUCACUCCUCCGGAGUACGAUACCGAAGUUGUGUAUCCGAUCCCACGUGUCAUUUUUCGCAUGUUUGACUACACGGAUGUCAUAGAUCAGGACGAUGAUGACGAUGUGGCUGCGGAGACUGCUGAUGGAUCACCUAAACCGAAAGAGUCUCCUGUCCUGCCCGGAGCGCAUACAAUCGAACGGUUUUUGAUUGACGAGCAGCUGUCGAUCCUCAUGAACAAUCUCAGCUUCAACCGUGCGUUAUGAAUGAUUGAAUGGUUCUCAUAUCAUUUGAGCAACUAUCAGUUUCAAUGGAGUUGGCGAGAAUGGUCCGGGGCGAUCGAGGAGGAUCCAAUGUCACCGCAUAGACGACUGAUCACUGAAACUUUGGCUCGACUGAUCCGGUGA